AUGGCAGCCAAGUGUGUUCGAGACAGCUUCAUAGGCGAGUGCCUUCGUCUAAUUGGCAAGCCAACCUGGCUGAAAUAUGACGAAGAGCACACUCAAUGGCAAAGCAAAUCCGAUUGCGAAAAGACGGGCGACGACGAGACUAUCCUAGUGGAUUGGUAUUCGGAUGACGAUGCGGAGAACCCACGCAACUGGUCUCAGGCUAAAAAGGCUUUUGUGCCUUUUGUCAUAGGUAUCUACAGCUUCGUCGUGUAUAUGGCAGCGCCGAUCUACACGCCUAGUGAAGAUGCCUUCAUCCAGGAGUUCGAUGUCAACAAGGCCGAGGCAGCUCUGGGGUUGGCACUCUAUGUUCUUGGGUACGGAACCGGGCCUCUCUUCUUCAGUCCCUUGAGUGAGAUUCCUCGCAUCGGACGGAAUCUACCAUAUGCAAUAUCGUUCUCUCUCUUCUGCGUUAUCAGCAUUCCGACAGCCCUCGCCCCCAAUGCGAUCGGUUUCUACUUCCUGCGCUUUCUUCAGGGCUUCUUCGGAAGCCCAUGCCUCGCUACCGGAGGCGCUUCAAUCGCGGAUGUAUACUCGCCGGACGUGCUUCCCCACGCCAUGACAACCUGGGUAUACUCCGUCUUCUGCGCUCCCGCCAUUGGCGUUCUGGUCUCCGGUUUCGCAAUACCAGUUCUAGGCUGGCGGUUCUCCAUGUGGGAGAUUCUGAUCGCAGCUGGCCCAGUCCUCGUCCUGAUCUUCCUACUUCCCGAGACCAGCCCAUCCACAAUCCUCUACCGACGCGCAAGGCGUCUCGAAAAGCGCAACCCACAAGGACCGUAUAGAUAUCACUCUGCCGCCGAAAUCGCCCAGUCAAACCUAUCCUUCCACACCGUGGUCCGCGAGUCCCUACUCAUCCCUCUCAAGAUCACCUUCCUCGACCCAGCCAUCCUGUUCCUGAACUGCUACACCUCCCUCACCUACGGCAUCUACUAUUCCUUCUUCGAGGCCUUCCCCAUCGUCUACCAGGAGAUCCACGGCUUCAACCUCGGCGAGAUGGGCCUCGCCUUCCUCGCCAUCGUCGUCGGCACCUCCAUUUCAUUCGUCAUCUACAACCUCUACAUACACAAGAUCUUUAUCCCCCGAUCCCAAGCAGGAGGAUUCAAAAACCCAGAAGACCUACUCACCCCAGCCCUAUUCGCCUGCUUCGGCCCGUCCAUCGGCCUAUUCUUGUUCGGGUGGUCUGCUCGUCCAGAGAUCCACUGGAUCGUACCGACAAUCGGCAUCGUCAUAUAUCCCGGGUGCGUCUUUAUUUUGAUGCAAUGCGUGUUUUUAUACAUCCCUGCGUGUUAUCCGCAAUAUGCGGCGAGCGUGUUCGCGGCGACGGAUUUCACCCGUAGUGCGUUUGCCUGUGGAGCGGUUAUCUUUUCGACGCCGCUGUAUCGGAAUCUGGGAGUGGGGAGAGGAUGUAGUUUGCUGGCUGGGUUGACGGUGGGCUGUGUGGUGGGGAUCUAUCUGUUGUAUAGUUUUGGGGCGAGGUUGAGGGCGAAGUCGAGGUUCGUGGCCAAGUGGUGA